AUGCAAAGCAAAACGGCUUCAUAUCCGAUGUACGCAAAUUCCUUGCACGCUCCUAACGUGCGAAAACGGGCAGAAGGAAACGUCGAUACCUUCGUGACGACACCGCAAUGGCUGCAGCUGUGGCAAGUCCGUUUGCUGCGAGGUGCUGCAGUCUCGCAGAAUGCUGCCUAUAUGGGCAAAGAGCACCUUGACCGCCACGACCAGCACAGACUGUACGAUGGUGCGAUCCGGGCGUGUCGGCACACGAGGGCUUGGCAGCAAGCCUUGUUCCAAAUCAGGAAGGCUGGCCGCGACUUGGUGAGGCCUGAUGCUGUGUGGCUGAAGACCGUGGCUGCAUGCCCAAUCGACUGGCAGCGUAGUCUUUCCGUACUGGGCUUUCCUGAGCCAUUACGGGACCAGGUCUCCACAAACGUCCGGAUUGCAGCCUCGGGUCGGGGACGCAACUGGUCCAGCGCUUUACACAUUUUGCAAGACAUGCGGUGUCAGCAGCUGCUGCCAGAUGCUUACAGCCGCAACAGUGCAUUAGAUGCUUGCAAGGCAUCUGAAGGAUGCUGGGCGGUGACAACCGACGUGCUGCAAUUUUUGGAUGCCGCGAUAGAUGUCGUCGGCUGCAGUGCCGCUGUCACAUCCAUGGCUCGCUCCACUCAGUGGCAUUUUGCCUCGGCUUUGCUUCAAGAAUCGCUGUCUGAUUUUCUUCGACCUAACAUCCCAUGCUUCUCCGCCUUGAUUUCGGCCUACGAGCGUGGCAGUACUUGGCAGCGGGCGUUGGCCUCCUGUGCGGAUGCCGAUGCGAUUACGGCAGGGACUCUCACGAGCUCGCUAGGAAAGGCGUCGGAGUGGCAGCGUGCCGCAGAAUAUGUGCAUGGGAUGCUGCCGCAAGCACUCGUGCCUGAUUCCAUAUGCUUUGUCACGGCCAUGAGUGCAUUCAAAGAGGGCAGGCAGUGGAGCCGCUCGCAGGACACCCUGAAUGUACUUCGUUUGCAGAUGGCUGCUGCAGCGCCAAACAACGCGUACCACUUGCUAGUGAGUGCUUUGCGGGAUCAAUGGAUGCGCGCUUUGCAUUGGGUACUUGAGAUGGGGACGGAAGGCGUCCGGUCUCACCUACCAUGUCGGAAUGCCGUCAUCAGCGUUUGCGAAGCAGCUUCCAAGUGGCAGAAGGCCGGUCACGUGCUGCGGGGACUUCCGGUCGCCAGUCUCGAGCUUGACAUCAUCGGGGCAAAUGCUGCUGUGGGAGCUUGCCGUGAAUCCUGGGAGCAUGCCGCCCAGCUCUGUCUUGAGCACCGACAGUCGAGCAUUCUUGUAGAUUCUAUCACCUUUGCCAGCCUGGCAGCGGCGCUCAAGCCAGCAUGGAGUACAGCGGUAGAUCUCUUAAGGUCCGCACACCCAUUACUGACGGAGAUCAUCCUAAACCUCGUCAUCAGCACGGGCCAGCAUUCAGAAAUCGCUGCUUGGUCUCAAUCCGCGCUGCUGCUGCAUGAGUUCCCAUCCAAGCGCUUGCUGCGUAACGUCAUCAGCUUCAAUGCAGCGAUUGGCAGCUGUGCAGGCAAGUGGCAGGUGUCUUUCCAUUUGCUGGACCUUUUGAACAAAACAUCGGUCUCCUGCACCAUGGUUUCUUUUGGAGCUGCAGUCAGCGCAUGUGAGAAAGGGGCGGUCUGGGACGUGGCGCUGGACCUGUUGCAAAGGAGUCGUGAGCAUCCGUCGGUCAGCAUCAGUGACAUCACCUGCAAUGCGGCUAUCAGUGCGUGUGAGAAGCGAGGUUUGUGGCGAACAGGUCUCGCUCUCUUUCGAGAGAUGGAUCACUGUGAUCUGGCAAAUGACAUCAGCUUCAAUGCCGUGCUUGGAGCAUGCCAUCGUUGCAUCCUCCACUCGCCUUCGCACGCAGCUUCUCCAAAACUGUUCCCGGCAUGA